UUUGUGAUGAUAUUAAAAUGGCGGUUUAAAUAUUUAUCUUUAAAUUGAGAUAUAAAUCUAGUUUUAAUAGAUUCAGAAAACGCAUCUUGGACCAAUCUUUCGGGUUUGUAGGUUAUGUUGUUUAUGUUUAUACUGACUUAAUCAUGUCAGAUUUGAGAAAAACAUUGUUGUCCCGCCGAAACAAGCGCUCCAACGCGCCAGCCGGUCCAAAUCAAAAUUAUCUGCCUGUCAAGUGGGACCGGUACUUUGAUAAAGAAUAUGGUAUAACUUUAGAACAAGGUACUUUCCAUGUAUACGCGAAAGGGGGAUCUGGCCCAAUAAUAUUAUGUCUACACGGAGGAGGCUAUUCUGGCCUCACAUGGGCCCUUUUUGCAGCUGACAUUUUUGAGUCAAUUGAGUGCCAAGUGGUAGCAUUAGACUUAAGGGGUCAUGGCAAAACCUACACUGACAAUGAUGGGGACUUAGCUUUAGCUACAUUGGCCAAAGAUGCUGCUGAUAUAGCAAAUAAAAUAACAGAGGAUAAAGAUGAACCUAUCAUUCUAAUUGGACAUAGCAUGGGUGGUGCUGUUGCUGUGGAGGCGGCACAACAUAUCAAUAACAUUGCUGGACUCUGUGUCAUUGAUGUGGUUGAAGGGACUGCCCUGGAUGCUUUGUCCUCCAUGCAGAGUAUUUUAAGGGGUCGUCCUUCACACUUCAAAAGCCUCCAACAUGCUAUACAAUGGUGUUACAAGGGAGGCCAAACACACAACGUCGAUGCAGCCAAAGUCUCAAUGCCAGGACAAAUAAUCAACAUGAAAACUGGGGUGCUGGCGGCGGACGAAUGCGACAACAUCCAGGUAAUAGAAGAAGACCUCCUCUCCGUCCGUUCCAAAGGUGAAGUCGUCGCGUCCGCCUUCACACUGACCGAAGUCGUCGAAGAAUCCGAAGCGAACACCAGCGACAACUGUUCGUCGGAUUGCGGCAAACCUCCUUUGCCCAAGACAUUAAAAACCGAGACCCCGUUGCCACCCCCGCCACCACUCUCGACGUUUAAACAUCCGUCUGAUGGUGACCCGGACGACGAGGGGCCCAAGUACACGUGGAGGAUAAAUUUGAGCAGAACGGAGCCGUUUUGGGCUGGCUGGUUCAAAGGGCUGUCGCAGAAGUUCCUCGAGGUGCGCGUCCCUAAGAUCCUGCUAUUGGCCAACAUACACGGAUUAGAUACCGCGUUGACUGUUGGACAAAUGCAAGGUAAAUUCCAGUUACAGGUCCUCUCAAAGUCCGGACACGCUAUUCACGAGGACCAACCUCAGCACGUGUCUGAAAUUAUAAGCGGAUAUCUGGUAAAACAGAGAUUGGCUAAUGUAAAAAGCGGAUUUACUUUGCCCCCCAUGCCAUGCUGUUAAGCAUUUGGUUUGGUUUUUUAGGAAAUAAAUAUAAUUACGUUUUGUUUUGUUUCAAAGAGCUUCUCAACUUAAUCAUUAAAGUGCUUUAAUUGGUGAAUGUCAAAAACGUAUGUUGUUGAUGUUGAUGAUGUAACUGGGUGGGUAGUUUGGAAAGUAAUUUGUUCGAUUCGCACAAUAAUUUUAAAAUUUUAAAUUAUUUAAUGCAUUUAUGCAAGUUAAAAAUAACUUUCCAAACUGCAUAUAAUAUAAUAUACACCCUUUCUGUUAUUAUAUAGUAGUGAUUUUUUGCAAUAUUUAGAACAGUUAAAAAUUUGUCAGUACAACAUCUAUGUAAUUCCUACUAUUAAAUACUUAAUUUGUGAUCAAACUGAUGUAACUGUCCCGGUUUUUAUUUAUUUUUUAGUUUAAUAUAUAUAUAUAUAUAUAUAUAUAUAGCUAUUGACACCCGGUUGUUAGAACUUAAAUAUAAUAUACAAAAAUUUGAUGUAUACAAUGAACAAUUUUACAUUUUUAGUUUUAUAGAACAAAUUCAUGACUUCACUCUUAACAUGUGUUGCCUAAAUGUCAUUUCCGGUUUUAGUACAUAUUUGAAUGAAGCUCAGAUUUUGUUCUGAUUUAAGAUGAGUUUGUCUAUUAAUGCUUAGUAAUUUUGUACAGUAUUAAUCUGGUGUUUUAUUUGGUUUAUGUAUAUAAAAAUAAUUUUUAAAUUAUUUUAAUAUAUAAGUUAGAAUAUGCAA